UACUCAAAGUAGCUUACGAAAAGGAGAAAAAAAAUAAAAGUCAAACCCUAGUGGUUUGGGAAGAGGUGUGGAGAGCAAAGAGCGAGGUUUGGGUUUCAGCCUACAGCGACGAAGCGAAAGAAGGAAGUGUUGAAUUAGAAAAGUAUGGGGAGUAGGCUUCCAGUUCAACACUACAGUAAUUCCUUCAUCGCCACUUCUCUUCACGAUCUCAACACCGUUGACUCUCGCCCUUCUGAAAUCGACGCCGUCGAUGCUGCUGAUGCUUUGGAUCACCACGAUCACGACCAUCCCGGUUCCGCUACUGUUGAGUGUUUGCAUGAAUCUUAUAGAGAUUCUUUGACAAUUCAUGGCGUUGGAGCGGAGGAAGAGGAGCGCUCUAGCAUAGACAAUAGCGACUCUUCUAGAGGAGCUUUCAGUAUUUUGACAAUUGAAGAUGUUUCGCCUAUUGAAUCAGCUAGGGGCAGAUUUUUGCAAAUCAUAGUGGAUAACUUCAUUAAUGACCAUGUCAUUGAAGUGGUUGAUAAUGAGUCGCCUGCCGACUAUAAUGCUCAGUCAGGACAAGACAAACUGAAUAAGAGAAAGACAAGAGAUGUACAAUAUGAAGGUGAUCCUAGGUUUGCUUUGCCCUUAAUGUAUGUUGCCAAUUUGUAUGAAACCUUAGUUAAUGAUGUAAACUUGAGGAUUGCUUCCUUGAAUGGCAUCCGCGAUAAGACCAUUGGGGUAGCCCUUGAAGCUGCUGGUGGAUUGUACAGAAGAUUGGCUAAAAAAUUUCCUAAAAAAGGUUCUUAUAUGUAUAAAAGAAGAGAACUUGCAACAUCUCUUGAAACAAGGACAAGGUUUCCAGAAUUAGUUAUACAAGAGGAAAAGAGAGUUCGUUUUGUGGUUGUUAAUGGUUUGGAUAUCAUUGAGAGACCAAAUAAUGUGCCUGUUGAGGAUGCCGAGUGGUUUAAACGACUAACGGGUCGGAAUGAGGUUGCUAUCUCCGCUCAAGACUAUAAGUUCUAUUCUCCAAGGCAUAAGUAUAGGCGCGUAUCAUCAAACACAGUGUCCAACAUCCCUUCCUUGCCUGAUUACACCGGCGCAGAUAGUUCCGCGUUGCCAAAUCCUCAAGGGUUUCACCCUGUCAAUGAAAAUCAGCAGCAGACUCCUUCAAAACAUCAUAUACCUACGAUGGCACAUCAGCCCCAUUAUCAUACUAUUCACCAGAACCAUCAUCAGCCAGUUCACCAGAACCAACAUCCUGCUCAUUUUCCCCCGAAUCAUCAAUGUGGGACACCAUCACACUUACCCGAAAUUAAUCACUCUCACCAGUCGCCGACCAUGCCUCAACAUAUAGUUUGCUUACAACCCCUAGCAGGAGGAGAUCACGUUGGAGGACGCUUGCAUGUUAUGCCUACAAAUCCACCCAAAUACUGCGAUGAAUGCGGGGCGCUAUACCUGAGGGAAACAUCCAAGUUCUGCUCGGAAUGUGGUAUAAAGAGGAUAGGGAUAUGAUGCAGUUCAAUGUGCACCCAAAGUCAACAGUGAUGUUAUAUACAUUGCUUGAUGUUGGUUUUUGGUUGUUUCCAAAUAAUCAUCAUCGAGUCAUGAAGUUCGAAUAGUUUGUUCCUGAAAAGAUACCCUCACAUAGCUAGAACUCGAAACUCUCGACUUGGAAAAAGACAUUUUUAGACCUCCAUUGUAUGAAAAAGAAUGUAUGAAGUAGUUUAGUCCGAAAAAGGAAGCUCAGGACAAUAU